AUGCUCGAGGCUCCGCCCAUCCGAUUGGUUGAUAGGGGGCAGGUCUUGCAGUGGAUAGGCUGCUGGCCUUGCCUGUUCCGGCCAGUUGCUGGGGAGAGGCACGUGAAGAGGAGGCGGCUUGAGGCGACCACGGCGGGAGGAAUGAAAGUGGCGGUCUCACCGGCAGUUGGUGCCGGGCCGGGGGGCUGGAGGGCUGGAGGCAAUGGGGGCGGUGGGGCAGUGCGGCUGCUCCUCGUGCUCUCCGGCUGCUUGGCCUGCGGCUCAGCUGGAAUUGACAUAAACGUGGUCAUGCUUAAGGAAUCCCAAGUUUAUAAUAUGAGUGACAGGCAACAGUUCUGUUAUAAAAAUGUGCUUAUCCCCAAGUGGCAUGAUGUGUGGACACGGAUACAGAUCCGGGUAAAUAGUUCCAAACUGGUACGCAUCACCCAGGUGGAGAAUGAAGAGAAACUGAAGGAGUUAGAGCAGUUUAGUAUCUGGAACUUUUUUUCCUCCUUCUUAAAAGAGAAAUUGAACGAUACUUAUGUUAACGUGGGCCUAUACAGCACAAAAACCUGCCUCAAAGUUGAGAUUCUAGAGGAAGACACCGAGUACAGUGUCAUUGUGACCCGGAGAUUUGACCCCAAACUCUUCUUCAUUUUCCUCCUUGGACUUGUGCUAUUUUUUUGUGGAGAUUUGCUGAGCAGAAGCCAAAUCUUCUACUAUUCCACUGGGAUGAGUGUGGGAAUUGCGGCUUCUCUGCUAAUCCUCAUUUUCAUACUGUUCAAGUUUAUGCCCAAGAAAAGUCCCAUUUACGUCAUCUUGGUGGGAGGCUGGUCCUUUUCUCUGUACCUCAUUCAGCUAGUUUUAAAAAAUUUACAAGAGAUCUGGAGGUGUUACUGGCAGUAUCUUUUAAGCUAUGUCCUCACAGUUGGAUUCAUGAGUUUUGCAGUCUGUUACAAGUAUGGGCCCUUGGAGAAUGAACGAAGUAUCAACCUGCUGACCUGGACCUUGCAGUUGAUGGGCCUAUUUUUCAUGUAUUCCGGUAUCCAGAUACCACACAUUGCCCUUGCCAUUAUCAUCAUUGCACUGUGUACUAAGAACCUGGAGUACCCUAUUCAGUGGCUGUACAUCACCUACAGAAAGAUGUGUAAGGCAACAGAAAAGACUGUCCCCCCUCGUCUCCUGACAGAAGAAGAAUAUCGGAUACAAGGAGAGGUGGAGACCCGAAAGGCUUUAGAGGAGCUUCGAGAAUAUUGUAACAGUCCAGACUGCUCUGCCUGGAAGACUGUUUCUCGAAUCCAGUCUCCAAAGAGAUUUGCUGAUUUUGUGGAAGGUUCUUCUCACCUCACACCAAAUGAAGUUUCUGUCCAUGAGCAGGAAUAUGGAUUAGGGAGCAUUAUUGCCCAGGAUGAACUCUCUGAAGAAACAUCCACUGAUGAGGAGGGCUCAGAUUCUCGGUACCCCACUGUCACACAGCAGAUCAACUCCUGACUUAGGUGGUGGUUGGUUAUUUUUAUGUGGACUGGCGUGGGACCUGAUGGUUCAUGUUGCAUGUGUGUGUAGCUGCUUCUCAGCUCUUUGAAACAGGGUGAGAUAGUGCAGAAAUUCUCCCACACAAAUUAGAGGCCUGAAGAGGCCUCCCUCGCAAUGGUCCUGGUGGUCUCUGUGGGAUCCCUGGGAGAGUGGAUCAAGUAUUGAAUGCUUCUCAGUGCUUCCCAUUGGUUGUGGGCCCACCUUUAUGUUUCAAAAACAAAAACAAACAAACAGACAACUGGAUGGCCACAGCCAGCACGGCAUUCUAGCUCUUCUUAAGAGUUCAUUUGGUGGUGGCAUGUCUGCCACCAUAGCUGGCACUCGAAAGUGAGAACCAUUAUAUGUGUGCAGUAAUGCUUUCAGACCACACGCUGCAUCUUCCAGAGAGAACUCCACACAUCUGAGCCUCCUUCACUUCUGCUUUUCUUUCAGUGACUUUAGAAUAAUCCUUGUUUUAGCUAUUUUAAGAGGAAAAUAGAUUUUUAUGUCUGUCUUAUUUUUUAAAUGAAUAUAUAUUUUUAAAUGUAACAGAUUCAUGUUCCAGAACCAGCAAGUGCUCCAGAUUGACAAACCCAUAGGCCCCUAUGUUUAUUAAUAUGGAUUAUCCAUUAAAGCCCCAGAAUUGUUGUGUUGAGCUUUGAAUUCUCACGGUACGAUAUUCUAAGUCUUGCUUGCUUUGAGGAACAUGCUUGUAAAGUCUUCUGUAGGGGAGGUCUGUCAGGCUUUUUAUUAUAUCCCAACUUUUAAUUGUAUCUUAAAAAGACCUUUACAUUCUUUCCUUCCCCUUCCUCCUUGCCCCCUUUGCCCUUUCAGGAAGUAUCUAUUUCCUCAACUGUGAAGGAAAUGCAUUUCUUACAUUCUCUCCCUCUUGGUUUGUAGCAUUAUUCCUGCUAGUUGGGAGAAGUGAUCAUUUUUAGAGAAUUUAAAUGCUUUUUACAGGUUCUCCAUUUUUCCUGUCAGUGGGACACAUAUCUUUGAGUUGCUGUGGAAUCAAGAACCUUUCCUUUUCCUUUCUCUUCCUUUGUUUCCUAUUCCUUUCAGCCUUUCCUUAUCACUUGCAUACCCCCCCACCUCCCAGUUUGGCUAAUUUGUAAGCCCUGAAACUAUCUGUGAAGUUUCCUUGAUACAACAUAUAAAUUAUAGCUAUGUAGCUGCCUCAGUUUGCAUUACCAUGAAAUAGACCUCCAGGUAAUCUUCAUGCCUCUGAAUGUUCAUUCAGCCAUCAGGAUCAGACACAUUUUCUCCAUGAACUUAGCAUACUUAUUUGCAGUUCCAUUUCUGGCCAGAGAUUCAUGCUGCUUUUAUUACAGUGGCAUUACUUUCAGAUUCUUUUGCCAUUGGAAAGUACCCUUAUAAACCAGCAAUGUCAUUUAUGAGGGAGCAAAUUCCCAAGUCUCUAUCAUUUGCUUGGUUCUGUCUUUAUGAUCUUCACCCUCGUACCUUGUAAGAAGCCGUAAUUAUGCUAGCCAGGAAGAUAGGCACUGAAGGUAGCUAGCAUCAAGCUCACUGGUUUACCAUGAUCAUGGAGAAGGCAGAUGAAUUUUUAAAAAGCUGCAAUGACUCCUUCAGACCAGCCACUUAGAUAAUCUUGAAAGGCCCUGGGCUCAUUGCUGACUUCCAAAAUGUCAGCGCUGAGACUCCCCUCCAGGUGGCCAGUUGAUUAUUACCACCAGUGUUUCCCACAGCUUUAAACUGUCCUAAAGUGACAACUACCUCAGUUGGCAGCAAA